AGGGUGAAGUUGAAAUUAACACUUCCACAGUCUAUGUUUCCGAUUUGGUUGACGGGGUUGCUUCUUGUUUUAUUAUUGGCAAAUAACUGAAAUAAGUAAAUGUAACGAAAUAUGUAGGAACCAUACAAAUGCGAUGCAAAUGCAGCUUAAUUUCAUGUGACCUAUAACAAUCCCCACUGAAGUGUCGCUCUGUCCACUGUGCUGAAAUCUGUGCGUCUGAAUCUCAGGAGGGAGCCUUUCGGAGCUCCACGCCCCCCUGUGUUUGUCAGCGUUCAGCAUGAGUGUCAUCUCACGGGUGUGUUUUCCAGGCUGAAGCUCUCUCCUCUGGGGAGCGUUGACUGUCACCUGAGCUGCAGAAACAGUUUCCACCUUCAUAUCACUUCCUCCCUGAGUUCCCCGCCUGCCUGUUUGCUCGCAUUUCCUGUCAUGCUUGACUUCAGUGUAAGCCUUUUACCACCGCCGGGAAGAUUUUCCUUCUUAGCUGCUUUAGGAGCCAAUCUGCUUAACAAUAUCUGUUAAGUCAUGCAUGUUUGCUCGGGCUAUGCGUCUCUUGCUUGUUAAAAGUCCCAGAAACAGAAACGGGACAUGUUUUGAAUCCGCCUUGUCCAACUGACCCAGUUGGUCAUGUGAGUUUACCUUUUGAGGGCACGGAGUUCAUUAGGUAGCAGUAUCGGUUUCAAUCAGCAGCUCUGCGGUAAGCGCGUUCAGCUGGAACUGCUUUACCCACACGCCAUAUGUCUCCUCAGUCAAAUGGAGACUGCUGCCCCAGCCCUCUGACCACUCGGACCGGGUUUCACCGGCUUACUGUGGCUUUAGCAGCAUCUGUGCAGCAAAUUUAGGGCAUUGCUGUCUGCUUGUCUGACUGGUGGUUUAAACCAGCAAAGCGGAGCGGUGAUGUUUAGUUGUGUGGGUUUAUGACGCCCUGAAACCAUCUCUGCGUGUCCGCAAUGACGCCAAGCAUCAGGAGUAGCGAAAGAAUGGAGAGGCAAAGUGUGGAAGAGGAAGGAGAACUUCACACUGAAGUGAAAUUUGAAGAGAGUGAAAUGAUUCCAAAGUCGGGAAAAUCUCCGGCAGACUCCAGGAAAACAGUCGGCAUCCAUGAAUUUGCAGCGCUCGCCAGAUCUUCAUUGAAUGGCAUCUCUCAGGCGGUGAGGGACCAUGUGACGAAGCCCACCUCCCUGGCCCAGGGCCGGGUCGCCCACCUCAUAGAGUGGAAAGGCUGGCCGAAGCCUACAGGUCCUCCGCCAGGCACUCACUCCCAGUUCAACUCUUACUGCCGUCUGACCGAAGGGGAGAAGGAGGCUCGGUUUGCUGCAGGAGUGGCUGAGCAGUUUGCAAUUGCCGAGGCCAAGCUGCGUGCCUGGGCGUCGCUAGAUGAUGAUGAGGAGGACGAGGAAGACUUCAAUGAUGAAGAAUCCCACACCAACGGACAGAGUUGCAACAUAUCCACAGAGAAUCCAGGCGCCGCCAUGUCCAAACCAAUCGGCGGAGUGCCAUGCCAGCCUGAGAGCCAAGACGUCGAGGUGCCACAGUCUGUUCGUCCCAUAGGCUCCGUCAGCAGCGGCGGCCCUUUCCAAGACAGGCCUCCGACUGAUCAUGACCUACAGAGCGGCUCGCCGUCUUCACGCAGCGACUGCAUGUGUCCAUUCCUGGAGGAAGAAGAAGAGGAAGAGGAAGAGCGGCUGCACGGGCUGGUGGAGCAGCUGACUCCCUUGCAGGAGCAGCGUGGCGAGGACUGCGUCCACAGCAAGCCGGAGUGGCGGCCCCGGAACCGGAGCAGCAGGUUCGACUCCUGCUACUCCACCUCUCACUCCGAGUCCCCCGGAGAGGAGGACGAGGAGGAGGAAGGCAGCGUGUUUCACGAGGUGCGGGUGUGGCACUGCAGCCCCAGAGGCUUCUUCUCCGACCGGGGGUCUUCUGGAGUGGCGUCUUUCGACGAAGAGGAGGAGAGGGAGGAGGUGGAAGAGGUAGAGGAGGAGGAGGAGGAGAAGAAGGAGGAGAAGGAGUAUUUGAUGUGAUGUAUCGUCCAUGUUUAUGUCUUUCUGAGUCGAUGUUGAUUCCGAUACGACAUAGAUCUAGUCCGAUGACAUUGUGAACCUCCUCUCAUCUCCUCCUCCCCUCUUCCCGCCAUCUCUCCUCCUCUGGAAGCUUUUCAUCCGUCAGCCUUCCAGGCCUUUUACUGAUCUCCUCCCACAGGUUAUUGCUGCUGUAAACAGUGCACGUGUUGGAGAGUUUAAUCAGGAUGUAAAGCUGUUGUUCAAACUGAGUUUUGUAUAUUUUUGUGAAGAGUCAUGUGCUGUUCAUUUGUUGUUUUUUUUCUAUGGAUGUUUUGUAGUGUGGUGUAUUUUCCAGCUCAUCCUGUGUCACAUGGGUUUGAUAUGGAAAGCACGAGUGUCCUGCAUACAGUAUAUAAAUAUGAUUUUUGAAACAAGA